AUGUCGAAGCAAGUGAUUAUUGCUGGGGUUUCGCUUAUUCUUGCGGUGGGAGUCAUUAUUGGCAUUACUAUUACAUUUCAACAGACUAGCAAUGAUGAGGACAAAUUGUCACCAACAAUGAAGAAAGUUUCUAUCUUUUGUUCAUCUACUUAUUACCAAAAAUCAUGCCAGAAGACCCUUAUGUCAGUUAAUAGCACUGAUCCUAAAGAGUUUAUUGCCAAAGCUAUCUUAGGUGCUGAGGAAGCAGUCAAGAAGUUUAUCAACUAUUCUGACUCUUUGAUUGUUCAAGUCAAGAAUAAUAGCCUUACAAAGAUGGCCUUAGAUGAUUGUAAGGAUAUGAUGAACUAUGCCAUAGAUUUACUUCAAGCAUCAUACUCUAACGUCACUAGUAAUGAACUACGCAAUAUUAAUGACCGUAUAAACGAUCUCAGAACCUGGUUGAGUGCUGUUAUAUCAUACCAACAAUCAUGCUUGGAUGGUUUUGAACAUGAUGAUGACAUGAAAGGAACUUUACAAAAAGGUAUUGUUGAUGCUAGUGAACUCACAUGCAAUGCAUUGACAAUUGUAACAAAAUUGGUCUACAUUCUUCCCAAAUUUGGCAUCCAAUUCAAUAUUCCUAAUACUCGUAAACUUUUUUUUACCGAGAAAAAUGGUUAUCCCCCAUGGUUCUCAGCUAAAGACCGUCAUCUUUUGGCUAAGAUUGAUAACAACAACUUGAAACCGAAUGUUGUAGUGGCCAAGGAUGGUAGUGGCCAAUUCAAGACUAUUGCUGCAGCUCUAGCUGUCGCUCCCAAGAACUCUAAUGUCCGACAUGUGAUUUAUAUCAAGGCUGGAAUCUAUAAGGAGUACAUCACUGUAGGAAAACAAUACACCAAUAUAGUUAUGUACGGUGAUGGCCCUAGAAAAACUAUUGUCACAGGUAGCAAAGGCGUCAAAAACGGUGGUGGAAUUACAACUUGGCAAACAGCCACUUUCUCUGCUAUUGGAAAUGGAUUCAUAGCCAAAUCCAUGGGAUUCCAAAACACUGCUGGUCCUAAAAAGCACCAGGCAGUGGCUCUUCGUGUUCAAUCAGAUAAGUCAGUCUUCUUCAAUUGCAGGAUGGAUGCCUACCAAGACACCUUGUAUAAUCAAGCAAAUCGCCAGUUUUUUCGCAAUUGCGUCAUCUCUGGAACCAUUGACUUCAUAUUCGGUGACUCUCCCACCUUUAUCCAAAACUCAUUGCUCAUUGUGAAAAGGCCAAUGGAUAAUCAAUUCAACACAAUAACUGCACAAGGCAAAGACUUCAUUGAUGAGAAUACUGGUACUGUGAUCCAAAAUUGUAGGAUUGUCCCUGAGCAAAAACUAUUUAAUGAGAGGUUCAAAUUUGCAACAUAUCUGGGCAGGCCAUGGAAAAAAUUCUCUACAACUGUUAUCAUGGAGUCUACAUUGGGAGACUUCAUUAAGCCUGAAGGAUGGGUGCAAUUUGAAGGACCUGACAAAGUCAAUUUUGAAGAAACUCUCUACUAUGCUGAGUAUAACAAUCGUGGCCCCGGAGCUAACCUUAAUGCAAGGGUUAAUUGGAAGGGUUACCAUAAGAUUGAUAGAGCGUCUGCCAUGAAAUUCACUAUCCAGUCAUUCCUUUUGAGUAAAGAGGAUUGGUUGCCUUCAACUGGUAUUCCUUUCACCACUACGUUAAGAUAUUGA